GAGCGUCACCUAUCUCGUAAGUAUAUUGACAAUGACGUCUAAUGUGUGAUCUCGUGACUGAUACUGACUGGACAGAGGAGUUUAAACUUCUAUAUUCACGUUAAAAAAAAUAAGGAAAUCGAACAAUGACAUCCCGAAAAAAAGUUUUACUGAAAGUUAUUAUUUUGGGUGAUAGUGGAGUGGGAAAGACAUCUCUUAUGAACCAGUAUGUUAAUAAAAAAUUCAGCAAUCAGUAUAAGGCAACAAUAGGUGCAGACUUCUUAUCCAAAGAGCUAAUGGUUGAUGACAGACUUGUGACAAUGCAGAUAUGGGAUACAGCUGGACAAGAGAGGUUUCAGUCCUUAGGUGUGGCUUUCUAUAGAGGAGCAGACUGUUGUGUGCUUGUGUUUGAUGUGUCUGCUCCAAAUUCAUUCAAAUCAUUAGAUUCGUGGAGGGAUGAGUUCCUUAUUCAAGCUUCUCCCAGGAAUCCUGAAAAUUUUCCUUUUGUUGUGAUUGGAAAUAAAAUAGACCUGGAAAACAGAACGGUAUCGACAAAGAGAGCCCAAGGAUGGUGCCAGACAAAAAACAACAUUCCUUAUUUUGAGACCAGUGCUAAGGAAGCCAUCAAUGUGGAGCAAGCCUUUCAAACAGUUGCAAAGGAUGCACUAGCUCAGGAGUCCCAAGCUGACCUUUAUAAUGAAUUUCCAGAUCAGAUUAAGUUGACCAGUCAACAGAAGACACAAUCUGAGGGAUGUUCUUGUUGAAUUAUAUAGUGUAACGUUUCAGUAAUUUUCAUUAUUAAGGACUGGCAAAGCAGAAUUACUUUAUAUAUUAUGUUUUAGAAAUUCUUACACAGUUGUUUAAAGUGUACAAAGUAUUAUUUCAGCACCUUUAUUAGAAAAGAUUAGCUAAGAAGAAUUACCUUGUAAUUUAGUUUUGUGAAAUGUAAACACUUAAGUUCAUAAUUUAAUGUGUCACAGUGCAGUUGCCAUAAAACUUGUAUAAUUGUCUUGGGUAUAACAAAAAAAAAAACGACUUCAUACUUUUAAUAUUAGUAAGUCAUAUUACAUUUCAAUGUUGCAACUACCAAGAUUGACUUAAAAAUAUACUCACUUAACAUAUAAAUAACAAGUUAAUACAAACACUAAUGUUACUUUUAAUUUUUUUGAUCAACAAGGUUAAACAAACAUUGUGAUAAGUUAUAAAAAAAGUAAUACGGCUUUUGAUUAUAUACUUUACUGUGUAUAAUGGUAAGUAUUCAAUGAAAUUAUUGUUUUAAAAAUUUGAAGCUUACAUAUAAUGUUUUAAACACUGAAAUGUAACUGCAUAUAAGAAUUCACACUUGAGGGAAUGAUACAGGUGAACUUGUUUUCCAGUGUUAAUAACAGUCCCAAGUGCCUGACAUGACAUACACUUGGCUUUGGCUAACACUUGUAAAUUUGUGACACAAGUAAAAUGAUUAUAACCAACAUGAUUUUGUAAAGCAGUUGAUGUGUGUAGAGUAAAUGCCACAGCUUUUGUAUUCUGGUAAAAAUAAAAAAGCACAUUUUACAUAGAGCUCAUGCAGAAUAUUUGUCAUGUGUAGCUUUAAUUACUAAUGAAAAAGCUGGUUCCUAUUGAUUUAUGCUUUUGCAGACUGUUGCAGUUUUUAGGGUAAAAACUCGUCAUCUCUCAGCUAGUAACAUUUAGGUAUGCCACCAAAAAAAAUUAUUGUAGGGGUUGUUCACAGUAGCAGUAGUUGUUUUAAAUCCUGUGUAUGUAAGUGGUAUUUCAUAAUACACGUGUUUGAGGUUAUAUACUAAAUAUGUCUUUCUUGAUGUAUUGUUUUGAUGGUACAUAACAGGUAUUACAUCUUCAUAUAUUAGUUAGUAAAAUUGUAAUUGAAGAAAAAAUAGUACUACCUACACUUUAUCUCUCUUUUUUUUUCUUCUAAAUGUUUAGUUUAAUUUGGAUAUAAUCAUACAUUUCUGCUAAAGUUAAAAGUUUCAGAGAAAGGUUUUCUGCAAACUUGUUGCUAUAAGUUGUAAAUGUAUAACUGUGAUUAAUGAUGUUAUCUCAUGUCUGUAUUACUGAGUUAUGUGAUAAGUUUGUAAAGAUUACUGGUUUGAAGUUUUAUGGAGUUGUUUUAUUUUAGUUAAAUGAUUCUUGACUUAGGUUCUAGCAUGAAGUAGAUAAAAUAAAGUAUGCUUCACGAAUCUUUAUUUCACAA